CGAAACCUAGCUAAUAAACCCAGCCACAUAUAUACCCGAUUUUCAUCUACCCAUCUCUUUAGAUCUUCACUUUCAUGAAUAUAUCGCUUCAAUUCCACAACAUUCUUUGAAUUUUCGAAUAUUUUUGAUUUAUGAUAAUCAAAACAGUCGAUGAAUGCUCGUAUUUUCCGACCAUGACGAUCAAAGGAGGCACAAGCCAGGCCUGUGCUGCAUGCAAAUACCAGAGACGACGGUGCACCAAAGACUGCGAUCUCGCCCCUCAUUUUCCGGCCGACCAGCCCAAAAUGUUCCAGAACGCUCACCGCCUCUACGGCGUUUCAAACAUUAUGAAGAUCCUGAAGCAGACUCACCCGGAGCAGAAAGAAGAGGCGAUGCGAUCCAUUAUCUACGAAUCCAACAUGAGAGCCAAGUUUCCCGUCACCGGGUGCAUGGGAAUCAUCAACCAAUUGACAUUCCAACUCCAGCAAGCCUUCGAUGAGCUCCGGUACGUCCGGUCCCAUCUCGCCAUCUGCCGGGACCAGUGCCAGUACCAGUACAAUUCACCUUCGUGUCCAUCUUCUCAGUUGCAAUUAGGGAUUCAAACAAACGACCACGAGGCGCUGCAGCUCUACCAGCAGCAGUACCAAUAUCAUCAGUAUAACUCUGCCGCCGGUAGCAGCGCCGGUGGUGGUGGGAUGUCGUUGAUGGCGAACGAGUAUCUGGCGAAUGGGAUUAAUGGGGUUUACAUUGAUGACAAUGAUAGUGUGGUAAAACCUCUUAGGGUUCAGCAGUUUUAUUAUGGGAACAAUAAUGUUGAUGCUGUGGCUGUUCAACAUAAUUUGAUCACAUCCCAAGGGUUUCCUAUUCAACAAGAAAUGGAUGUUCCUCAUGAUUAUGAUGACAUUCCAUUUGAUACAAUUGCUGAUGAUCGUCAAUCGUAUAUCGAUUCUAAGGAAGCCUGUGAAUCGAGUGCCGAGUCAGCCUUCAAGGGUACUACCACGCAGUCGUUAGAACAUGUCUCCCAGAAUGACCUCAAGAGUGCAGCAGCAUGCUUCAGUCUAACAAGCUAGUGUGAAAUAGCUCUAGAAGCAGACAAUUGAAGUAAUAAUUAUUCAUUGUCUGAGUCAAUUUCUUAAAUUCAUUGUUUUGAUUUGUUUUUCCUUUUGCUUUCAUGAUUUGGUACCGUUGAAAGUUACACAAUUUUGAUAGUUUAGUGUCCCGGCAUGCACAUUCGCUUGUUCCAAUAAUAAGCUAGAGAUCAAUGUGAACGGUUAAUCAA